ACAUGUGUUCUUGAAUGUUUCUGUAUCCGAUCAAUCCGCAGCCUGUGUUACGAUAAAUUCAUUGUGAAACUUGGCAUAGAAUAUUAACGAGAUGGGGAAAGUUAAGUGUUCGGAACUUCGUACGAAAGACAAGAAGGAGCUGCUGAAGCAGCUCGAUGAGCUGAAAACAGAACUCACGAAUCUUCGAGUUGCGAAGGUUACUGGUGGAGCGGCGUCUAAAUUGUCCAAAAUACGUGUUGUUCGCAAAGCUAUUGCUAGAGUAUACAUUGUAAUGCAUCAGAAACAGAAGGAAAAUUUAAGAAAUUUUUUCAAGGAUAAGAAAUACAAGCCGCUUGAUCUGAGGCCAAAGAAGACUCGUGCUAUGCGCCGCGCAUUAACAAAACAUGAGGCAAAACUGAAGACAAGGAAAGAAAUCUGGAGAAAGCGUGUGUUCCCCCCAAGGAAGUUUGCUGUAAAAGCAUAAAUUUUUGUACUUUACUGAAUGCAUUAAAUGUAAAAAGAAA